AUGACGUCUGAACCAUUAAAGGAUGGAGAUACCAAAUCUUCCUCCGUUGACCCAGUUGUAACCCAAACUAUCAAUGCUGCCUUAGAACAGUUAAAUUUGGAUGCCAUCGAUAAUCCUAUUAUAGAUGCCGCGGCAGAAAAAAAAGAAGAAGGCAAUGCAAAUUCAAGAACUGAAGUCUUUGCUUCCAACAUACCCCCUCCUCAUAUGGUUGGCAUGAGUUUUGUUCCAUAUUCCCAAAUGAUGCCAAUGCCUCAUCAACCAGGUUUUUUUCCACCUCCAGAAUUUCAAGAUUCAGUCACUGAUUCUAGAAACCAUAUUAUGUUUAAUGGAUCUAACUCUAGCGUUGGCAUUGUCCAUUCACCAAAUUUCAUGUCAGAUCCAAGAAAUAUGAACCCAUAUAAUAACCAUAUGCUAUCAAAAGACCCUUUAUGGCCAGGUUCUGGUAAUAUGGGCGAUAGUUUCCAAAUUUUCCCUGAUAACUCGGCCAUUCUGGAAGAUAAUAUGCCAAACGAUGGUUCUGGUGGUGCUGCUUUAGCUUUUAGAAGACAAACUUUCCAUGCCAUUUCUACUAAUGAUCUAAUCCCCAACAAAGCUCAAGAUGAAAAUAGCAGUACUGAACCAAAGGGUUCCGUAGGCUCUAAAUCGAACAAGUUGGGUUCCGUAUCUAACGUUGGUUCAAAGACUAGAACUCAGUCAACUUCUAUUCAGGGAUCUGAUAGAGACGCCUUGUUUUUACAACCACCUUCUGCCAAAGCUAAAGAUUCAAACUCAAACGGUGACAAUGAAGAUGAGAGUUCCAAAUUAAAGGACAUGAAUAACCUAAACACCUAUUCUGCAGCAUACCCCUACGGAGGCCCUCUUUUACAUCCGAACCCUAUUAUGACAGAGGCUGGAGCACACAGUGGAAACCCUCCAUUCGGCAUGCCUUCUCCAUUUCUUGGCAGGUUCGAAUAUGGCUCUCCGUUCCAUUCUUUUUCACCUGUCUUGGGUGGACCAAAUCCUGCUCUACAUCCAAAAUCUCCAAUUUCACAUAUUCCCCCUUCUCCAAUUCAAUUGGGACCAGGCCAUGAUAUGAUGCCAAAUGUAGGCCCAAUACCCGAUAAAGAUGGUAAUCUAGUGAGAAAUGGUGAGGAAAUGGCAGGAAUACCAAUGGGACCUCCACAACAUUUUGCUGCAAUGAUGCAGCAAGGCGGUAGCCCACCACCUUGGCUAUAUGGCACGCCUCCAUUUAAUGGCAUGAUUCCAUCGCCACAGCACCCUCAUCCUCCAAUCAAUAGUCCUCACCGUAAGAACCAAAGAGGUCAAGGUAGUAGAGGUAAUCAUUUCGGAACUAGAGGAAACAAGUUUGGUAGAAAUGGUGGCAAUCACUCUUAUUUCUAUAAUAACACGGUCCGCGAGCGUAACAUGGAGGGAAACUCCAGGUACAUUGAUGCCACUCUAGAUCAAUUCAUUGGUAAUAUUUAUUCUCUUUGUAAAGACCAACAUGGCUGUAGAUUUCUACAGAAGCAACUUGAUGUCCUAGGAAAAUAUGCUGCUGAUGCAAUCUUUGAAGAGACAAAAGAUCAUACAAUUGAACUGAUGACUGACUCCUUCGGUAACUAUUUGAUUCAAAAAUUGAUUGAAAGAGUUACCACUGAACAAAGAAUCGAAAUUGCCAAGAUUGCAUCUCCAGAGUUCGUUGAUAUCGCCCUAAACUCCCACGGUACAAGAGCGCUUCAAAAAUUAAUCGAAUGUAUCAGUACAGCAGAAGAAGCUAAUAUUAUUAUUGAGGCUUUAAAGCCAGCUGUUGUAAGGCUAAGCAUGGAUCUGAAUGGUAACCAUGUGGUACAAAAAUGUUUGGAAAAGUUGGAGCCAAAAGACUUCCAAUUUAUUUUUGAUUUAGCUAUUGGAGACUGUAUCGAUAUUGCUACACAUAGACAUGGUUGUUGUGUUCUACAACGUUGUCUGGAUCAUGGUACUAAGGAACAGACAACUAGUCUAUGCGAUCAACUUUUGACCAAUCUUGACAAAUUAACAUUGGAUCCUUUUGGUAAUUACGUAGUACAGUACAUCCUGACAAAGGAAGCCGAGAAACAAGACUAUGAGUACACGUAUAAGAUUGUGAAUCUUUUGAAGCCAAAAUUGGCUGAACUUUCUUUACACAAGUUUGGUUCUAAUGUCAUUGAAAAGCUUUUGAAGACUAAUGUUGUUUCAGAAAGUAUUAUAGCAGAAUUGGUAAAAGAAGAUGGCAAGUCCGAUAUCGAAUCGUUAUUAAAUGAUAGUUAUGGUAAUUAUGUUUUACAGACUGCUUUAGAUAUUUCUCAUGAAAAGAAUGAAUAUCUAUAUGGCACCCUCAGUGCACUUGUGACACCUUUAUUAGUCGGCCCAAUUAGAAAUACUCCCCACGGGAAGAGGAUUAUCAGUAUGUUAAAUUUAGAACAGUGA